CAGGAAUGAGGACGUCUGCGUAGCUGUGGCAGUUCAAACUCCAGGAUACGCGGAUAUAUUUUUGUUGUCCUUCGUAGGCUGCGCACACUCGCUGCUGGCGGCAGGCGAGCAUGUCGCUUCACGUACACCGUCGCGGAAAGGUCAACCGCACAAGACCGAUGAUCGUCGACUGCCAAGAAAUAAGGUCUGCUUCUCAAUUAGAACGACGUCAGACAUUACGUCACGCUGCCUGAGCGUUCACAUGGCAACUCGUGAGAGUGAAUGCGACUUGUUCGAAAUCGAUCGAAGGCGACUGGACAAACCGCUUUUUCUGACGCCAUUUUUGGAGACUAAUGACACUGAAAAUGCGAGGAGCCUGAGCAGAGUCACCCUUUUUGAAGAAGAGUACGGCGUUGAAGCGCACUCGGGUUACAUUACGAUUGACAAGACUCUAGGCAGCCACCUCUUCUUUCUGCUGACAAAGACUAAGCACCCUUCUCCUGACGAAGCCCCGUUGAUCCUAUGGACGUUCGGCGGUCCCGGUGUGUCCUCGCUGCUCGGGCCUUUGCUGUUCAACGGCCCCUUCACUCUCGACGAGCAAGGGCGACUCACGGCGUCGUCUCCGGCGAGCGGUCAGCUGCAGUCGUUCGCGCACGUCCUCUACCUCGACCAUCCGGUGGGCAGUGGGUACAGCUUCGCCGAACAGGAGGACGACGACAGGACGUUCCCCAAGAACAUCGAUGACGCCGUCGACGCCAUCGACGACUUCUUACGCCAGGUCGAGCUCCUCUUUCCCGAAUUCCGGGGACGACAGUUUUACUUCGCCGGAGAGUCGUACUCGGCGAGGGAUGCGUUCGGCUACGCCAACCGGUACCACGGCAAGGGAGUCAAGGCGAGCCUGAAGUUGGCCGGUAUCAUGAGCGGUGCCGGUUUCAUCGCGCCGUUCCUCAGGGCAGCGAACCCUGCGAAGUUCCUCCUCCAGCUGGGCCUCAUCGACGUUCACGGGAGGCGAGAAUUGGACGAGAAGUUCAGGCAGAUCAAGGAAUCCGUGGACGACGAAGAGAUCCUCGUUGCUCUCUUGCUGCUCAGGGAGGUUUUCACCGAGUCUGCAGACGGCGGCCCGUCACUCUUCGAAUCACUCACUGGGUACAGUCACAGGGCGUCGGCACUCCGUUCCACGGAGCCUUCGGAGUUCGCGGCGUACCGGAAGUACGUCACAAGCGACGACUUCAAGAGGGCCGUCCACGUCGGCAUCAACGCCACUAUGGACCGCCAAAGCAAAAUUGUAAGCACGACCCUUUACUCAUACGACGCCUUUAAGGACAUCCGGGAGCUCGUGGCCACGGUGCUGGACAAAGAGCGCGUGCUCGUGUACGGUGGGAACAUGGACGUCGUAUACCCGGCGGAUGACGUCUACGGUUUCUUGAGGUCUCUGCAAUGGAAAGGCGAGGAGGACCUGAGGAUAGCGAAGAGAAGACCGUACAAGAACGCGUCCCACGCAGGAGGUGAAGUGGUGGGCUACAAGAUGAUCGCCCGCAACUUCACGUACGCGCUGCUCGUGAAUUCCGGUCACUACGUGUCCUUGGACAGUCGCCGAGCAGUCGUGGGUCUCUACAGAGACUUUGUGUACUCCAACGUCACUUCUACUUAGCCAGCCAGUUAAAUGCUGUCCUCGUAUUCAUACAGCAUUUUAGGAACGCUGCGGCGAAUGGACGAUCUGCCACUUGCCGUGAAGGUGCUGCUGGAAAACUGUCCCUAUCACUCGUCGGUCCACAAGGCAGUGAAGGCACCCUUGUGCUUUUUGAGGACGACGGGACUGUGCGAAUGAAUGAAUGAAUGAAUGAAUGAAUGAAUGAAUGAAUGAAUGAAUGAAUGAAUGAAUGAAUGAAUGAAUGAAAACAACUUUAUUAGGUGCAGCAGGACCUAAUAAAUUGUGCGAAUGCCAUUUUUCUUGUGGCGCAAUGCCGCACGCGUCAGGUAAUUCAAUGU